AUGGUGGCUGUAAAUGACAAUAAGGCUCAGUAUACUGCCCGAACAGGAAACCCCGAGCAUCCAGAGAGACCCGUGCUCGGUGCAGCACCCUCGGCCACACUGGACGGGCAGUGGAUCAGGCAGAUUGAGCCCGGGAGCGCGCCGUUGGUAGGAGACGCAGGUGUUUGCUCGGUUCCGAGCAUCCUCAUCCUUCGCCACCUUGGCGACGGCCCCAGCUCCCUUCGGCUAGCCGCCCUGCGUCCUCCCCUAACCUCGGGUCUGGACUGGAGAGCAGCGAGGCCGGGAAAGUUUGAGUCACGGUGGGGGGAGGGGGGCAGGGGAGGAGGCGGGCCCGUGACCCUGAACGGGAUGCGCUCUAGGACCCGCCUCAGGCUCCCAGUAGGGGGACCCCGCCGGGAGCCCCUGUCCCGCGCGCACCGGCCGUGGCCCAGCCGGAGCGCGGCGCCGCUCUGCAGUCGCGCGUCGGGCGGCCGCUGGUGCAUUCGGGCGACCGCGACGUGCUCCAGGCGACCUGCGCGCCUCCACCCGCAGCAGUCGGCCGCGCUCAGCAGGAUGCUUGCGGCGCCGCUCUUGUGGCUGCUGAUGGCCGUCUCUGCGGCAGCAGCCGUGACUGACGCGCCCGAGAUCCCGCUGACCCCUACCGCGGGGGGCGCCACCCUGGCCUUCGUCUUGGACGUCACCGGCUCCAUGUGGGACGACCUGAUGCAGGUGAUAGACGGCGCCUCGCGCAUUCUGGAGCGCAGUCUGAGCGGCCGCAGCAAGGCCAUCACUAACUUCGCGCUGGUGCCCUUCCACGACCCAGAUAUUGGCCCAGUGACCCUCACGGCAGAUCCAGUGGUGUUUCAGAGGGAGCUGAGAGAACUCUACGUGCAGGGAGGUGGUGACUGCCCAGAAAUGAGCGUGGGGGCCAUCAAAGCUGCUGUGGAGGUCGUCAACCUAGGCUCUUUCAUCUAUGUCUUCUCUGAUGCCCGCGCCAAGGACUAUCACAAGAAGGAAGAGGUGCUACGUCUCCUGCAGCUUAAACAAUCGCAGGUGGUCUUUGUGCUGACGGGAGACUGUGGUGACCGUACUCAUCCUGGCUACCUGGCCUUCGAGGAGAUUGCUGCCGCCAGCUCUGGGCAGGUGUUCCACUUGGACAAGCACCAAGUGACUGAGGUGCUGAAGUGGGUGGAGUCAGCGAUCCAGGCCUCCAAGGUGCAUCUGCUGUCCACAAACCAUGAGGAGGAGGGCGAGCACACAUGGAGGAUCCCCUUCGACCCUAGCCUGAAGGAGGUCACUAUCUCCUUGAGUGGGCCGGGGCCAGAGAUCGAAGUCCGCGAUCCGCUGGGGAAGAUCCUGCAGAAGGACGAGGGUCUCAACGUGCUCCUCAACAUCCCUGACUCAGCCAAGGUGGUGGCCUUUAAGCCUGAGCAUCCUGGGCUGUGGUCCAUCAAGGUCUACAGCAGUGGCCGCCACUCCGUGAGGAUCACGGGCAUCAGCAGCAUCGACUUCCGAGCCGGCUUCUCCACUCAACCCUCUCUGGACCUCAACCACACCAUUGAGUGGCCCUUGCAAGGGGUGCCCAUCUCCCUGGUGAUCAACUCCACAGGCCUGCAGGCGCCUGGCCGCUUGGAUUUGGUGGAGCUCUCGCACAGCUCAGGACAGCCCCUCCUGACUUUGCCCACGCAACCCCUUUCCAAUGGAUCCACCCAUCAGCUGUGGGGUGGGCCACCCUUUCAAACUCCCAAGGAACGCUUCUACCUCAAGGUGAAGGGCGAGGACCAUGAGGGGAACCCCCUCCUUCGUGUCUCCGGAGUUGCCUACAGUGGGGUGGCCCCAGGCUCCCCACUGGUCAGCAUGCCCCCCACGAUCCACGGCUACCUGCAGCAGCCCCUGCUGGUCUCCUGCUCUGUGCACAGCACCCUCCCCUUCAGGCUGCAGCUGUGGCGAGACGGAACCAAGCUGGGCGAGGAGAGGCACUUCCGGGAGUCAGGAAACAGCAGUUGGGAGAUCCCGCGGGCCUCCAAGGCCGAGGAGGGGACAUACGAGUGUACGGCGGUCAGCAGGGCUGGGACUGGACGAGCAAAGGCCCAGAUUGUCGUCACAGAUCCCCCACCGCAGCUGGUCCCUGACCCCAACGUGACCGUGUCCCCAGGGGAGAAUGCCAUCCUGUCCUGCCAGGUCCUGGGUGAGGCCCCCUACAACCUGACUUGGAUUCGGGACUGGCGAGUCCUGCCGGCCUCCGUGGGCCGAGUCACUCAGCUGGCCAACCUGUCCCUGGAGGUCAGCGGCGUCAUCCCUAGUGACGGCGGGCGGUACCAGUGUGUGGCCAGCAAUGCCAAUGGGGUCACAAGGGCGUCCGUCUGGCUCCUGGUGCGAGAGGCCCCGCAGGUCAGCAUCCACACCAGGUCCCAGCACUUCUCCCAGGGUGCAGAGGUGAGGGUCAGCUGCUCAGCUUCUGGGUACCCUGCACCCCACAUCUCCUGGAGUCGAGAAGGCCGCACCUUGCAACAGGACAGCAGAGUCCUUGUGGAUGCCCAGGGAACGCUGAUCAUUCAGGGAGUAGCCCCAGAGGAUGCUGGGAAUUACAGCUGCCAGGCUGCUAAUGAGGUUGGCACAGACAAGAAGACGGUCACUCUGUACUAUACAGACCCACCUUCAAUCUCUGCCGUCAAUGCCGUGGUGCUUGCUGAGGUCGGGAAGGAGGCCGUGCUGGUGUGUAAGGCAUCCGGGGUCCCUCCGCCCCGGGUCAUCUGGUAUCGAGGAGGUCUUGAAAUGAUUCUGGCCCCGGAGGGCUUCAGCUCUGGGACCCUGCGAAUCCCGGCAGCUCAGGAGAGGGAUGCUGGCGUCUACACCUGUCGAGCCAUCAAUGAGCUGGGUGAUGCCUCUGCGGAAAUCCGGCUGGAGGUUGGACAUGCACCCCGGCUGAUGGAGCCGCCCCGGGAUGUCACUAUGGAGCUGGGGAGAAGCGCCCUCCUUGUGUGCCGGGCCACAGGCCACCCGCCCCCAGCAAUCACCUGGCGCCACAGAGAUGGCCAGCCGCUAGGGCGGGGCAGCAGGACAGGGCAGCGGGAUCCAGGAGUGCUAUUCUUUGAAAGUGUGACUUCUGAAGACCAGGCUCCGUACGUCUGUGAAGCUCGCAAUAUCUUUGGGAAAGUGCAGGCAGAGGCCUGGCUCAUUGUCGCUGGACACGCUGCCCCACAGAUCGCCAGUGGUGCCUCCUUGGUCCGGGUCCUGGAGGGGCAGCCCGUGUCCCUGCCCUGCAUCAUCCUGGCGGGGAGGCCUCUUCCGGAGAGGCGCUGGCUGAAGGCCGGCCGGCCUCUCCCACCUGGCAGCCGACAUGCUGUCCGAGCAGACGGCAGCCUCCACCUUGACCGGGCGCUGCAGGAGGACUCAGGGAGGUACUGCUGUGUGGUCACUAACACGGCCGGCUCUCAGCGGCGGGAAGUGGAGCUGGUGGUCCAGGUGCCACCUAGAAUCCAGCCCACUGUCACCCACCACGUCACCAAUGAAGGCAUUCUAGCCUCUCUUCCCUGCGUGGCUUCAGGAGUUCCCACCCCAUCCAUUACCUGGACCAAGGAAACCAACGCCCUGACCUCUGGGAGUCUCCACUACAAUGUGAGUAAGGAUGGCACUCUGGUCAUUGCCCGGCCGUCCACCCAGGAUGCAGGGGCCUAUGUGUGCACGGCCACCAACGCUGUGGGCUUCUCCAGCCAGGAGAUUCGACUCUCCGUGAACACCAAGCCCAGGAUUCAUGUGAAUGGGUCACAGGAUGCAGACAGGCCCCUGAGGGUCACGGUUAAGGCCAGUGAAGAGGUGACCCUGGACUGCGAGGCCCAGGGCUCCCCACCCCCACUGAUCACCUGGAUGAAGGACUCCUGCCCCAUGCCACUUGUCCCGGACAGGCACAGCCUGCUCCCAUCCGGCUCCCUACGUCUGACCCAGGUCCAGGUCAGUGACAGUGGCCGCUACCAGUGCAAAGCCAGUAACCCCGCAGGGUCUGCCUCCCGUUGCUACAUUCUCGAGGUGCAAGUCCCCCCUCAGGUGCAGCUGGGCCCACGUGUGCUGAAGGUGCUGGUGGGUGAAGCCUUGGACCUGAACUGCAUGGCUGAGGGCAACCCGGAGCCUCAGCUGAGCUGGUCCAAGGACAGCGUGGCCCUGCAGGACCAGGUGCCCAAGGGCUCCAUCCACUUUGCCGCCAUCAAAGUCUCUGAUGCUGGGAUGUACCGCUGUGAGGCCUCCAACAGCGCUGGGGUGGAUGCGUGGGAGCUGGAGCUCAGAGUGCUGGAGCCACCGCACUGGGGGGCCGAGGAGCCCAGCGGCCUGCUGGAGCGAGUGGCCGGAGAGAAUGCCAGCCUGCCGUGCCCUGUCAGAGGCACGCCUAAGCCACAGGUCACGUGGCGGAAGAGCCUGUCUGUGGAGCCCCUGCGUGGCCGGCCAGGUGUAGCAGUGCUGGAUGAAGGGUCUCUGUUCCUGGCCUCAGUCUCGCCCACUGACAGCGGGGACUACGAGUGCCAGGCCAUCAAUGAGGCAGGCUCCACGUCCAGGAGGGCCAAGCUGGUGGUCUUUGUGCCCCCCAGCAUCCGGGAGGACGGACUCAAGACCAACGUGUCGGGCAUGGCAGGGCAGUCCCUGACACUGCAGUGUGAUGCGAAUGGCUUUCCUGCCCCCGAGGUCAAGUGGCUCAAGGAUGGGCAGCUGAUCCCUGAGGCUGGCAGCCACCACCUCCUGGAUGGGGCCCGGUCCCUCCACUUCCCCAGGGUAGAGGAGGGUGACUCUGGCUUCUACUCCUGCUGGGCCGAGAACCAGGCCGGGACGGCCGUGAGGGACUUCGAGCUCCUGGUGCUCACCCCGCCGUCUCUGCUCGGAGCGGGGACUGCCCAGGAGGUGCUGGGCCUGGCAGGUGGAGAGGUGGAGCUGGAGUGCUGGACUUCUGGGGUCCCCACGCCCCAGGUGGAGUGGACCAAGGACGGGCAACCCAUCCUUCUGGAAGACCCUCAUGUCCAGCUCUGGGAGGACGGCCAGGUUCUCAGGAUCACCAGCGGUCACCUGGGGGACGAGGGGCAGUACCAGUGCGUGGCUUUCAGCCCAGCCGGCCAGCAGGCCAAGGACUUCCAGCUCAGAGUGCACACACCUCCCACCAUCUGGGGCUCCAAUGAGACCAGUGAGAUGAUUGUCAUGGAGGGCCACCCAGUACGGUUCCUGUGUGAGGCCCGGGGAGCCCCUGCUCCCGACAUCACCUGGUUCAAGGAUGGGGUCCCACUCCCCAUCAGCGUCAAGGCAGUCUACACCAGGGGUGGCCGGCAGCUGCAGCUGGGGAGGGCCCAGGGCUCAGAUGCCGGCGUCUAUACCUGCAAGGCCAGCAAUGCUGUGGGGGCAGCCGAGAAGGCCACCAGGCUGGAGGUUUAUGUCCCACCCACCAUCGAGGGUGCUGAUGGAGGACCACGUGUGGUGAAGGCUGUGGCUGGGAGGCCCUUGGUGCUGGAAUGUGUGGCCAGAGGUCACCCACAUCCCACCCUCUCCUGGCACCACGAGGGGCUGCCUGUGGCAGAGAGCAAUGCGACAUGGCUGGAGGCAGGAGGCGCGCUGCGGCUGGAGAGCCUGGGGGAGACAUCCGGAGGCCUGUACAGCUGUGUGGCCGGCAGCCCUGCCGGGGAGGCUGUGCUGCAGUACUUGGUGGAGGUGCAGGUGCCCCCGCAGAUCCUAGUAGCUGAAGGCUUGGGCCAGGUGACCGCCAUCGUUGGACAGCCCCUGGAACUGCCCUGCCAGGCCUCAGGCUCCCCGGUGCCCACUAUCCAGUGGCUGCAGAAUGGCCACCCCACCGAGGAGCUGGCCGGGGUACAGGUAUCCUUGCAGGGGGCAACACUGCACAUCGACCACGUGGAUCAAGGCCACGCAGGCCUCUUUGCCUGCCAGGCCACCAACGAGGCAGGCACUGCUGGGGCAGAGGUGGAGGUGUCUGUACACGAGCCCCCAUCGGUCGACAUCAUCGGGGGUGAGAACAUCACAGCCACUUUCCUGCAGCAAGUGACCCUCCAAUGCAUAGGGACUGGGGUGCCUGCCCCGAGCCUCCGCUGGUGGAAGGAUGGGGUGGCCCUGGCAGUCCUGGGGGGCAAUCUGCAGAUUGAGAAAGCAGGCCUGAGGGACGAAGGUGUCUACACUUGUGUCGCCACCAACCUGGCUGGGGAGAGCAAGAGGGACUUAACACUAAAGGUCUUGGUGCCUCCCAACAUUGAGCCAGGUCCAGUCAACAAGGCAGUGCUGGAGAAUGCCUCGGUGGCCCUGGAGUGUCUGGCUUCAGGUGUGCCCCCUCCUGAUGUCUCCUGGUUCAAGGGCCACCAGCUUGUCUCCGCCAGGACAGGAGUGACGGUAUCAGCUGAUGGGAGAGUUCUUCUCAUUGAGCGAGCCCAGCUUUCUGAUGCUGGGAGCUACCGCUGCGUGGCAUCCAAUGUGGCGGGCAGCACAGAGCUGCAUUAUGGCUUGCGGGUCAAUGUGCCUCCGCACAUCACUCUGCCACCCAGCUUGCUGGGCCCCGUGCUCCUCAGCACCCCUGUUCGGCUGACCUGUAAUGCCACUGGAGUCCCCAGCCCCACACUGAUGUGGCUGAAGGAUGGAAAUCCCGUGUCUGCUGCAGGGACACCCGGCCUCCAGGUCUUCCCUGGCGGCCGGGUCCUCACCUUGGCCAGUGCCCGGGCCUCCGACUCUGGCAGCUACUCCUGUGUGGCCGUGAGUGCAGUGGGCGAGGACCGUCGGGAUGUCGUCCUGCAAGUCCACAUGCCCCCUAGCAUCCUGGGAGAAGAGCUGAAUGUGUCGGUUGUGGCCGAUCAAUCAGUGACCUUGGAGUGCCAGAGCCACGCCAUGCCACCUCCUGUACUGAGCUGGUGGAAAGAUGGGCGCCCCCUUGACCCUCGGCCUGGAGUUCGCCUCUCCACAGACAAGGCCCUGCUGGAGGUGGACCGAGUGGAGGUGUGGGACGCAGGCCACUACAUCUGUGAGGCAUUGAACCGGGCAGGCCGCUCGGAGAAACACUACAACCUGAACGUCUGGGUCCCUCCAGUGUUCCCCUCAAGGGAGCCUCAAACCCUGACGGUGACUGAGGGGCACCCUGCCAGGCUGUCCUGCGAAUGCCAGGGUGUCCCUUUCCCCAAGAUCUCCUGGAGGAAAGACGGUCAGCCCCUGUCUGAGGAGGGGGCCGGCCUUGAGCAGGUGUCAGCUGUGGGGAGGCUGCUGUACCUGGGGCAGGCCCGGCCCAGCCAGGAGGGCAUCUACACCUGUGAGUGCAGCAACGUGGCAGGGAACAGCAGCCAGGACCAGCAGCUGGAGGUGCACGUUCCCCCUCAGAUCACUGGCCCCUGGGAGCCACAUACACAGAUCUCUGUGGUCCAGGACAGCGAGACCACUCUGGAAUGCAAUGCCACAGGGAAACCCCCGCCAACAUUGACCUGGGAACGUGAUGGCCAGCUGGUUGAGGACGAGCCUGGCCUGCAGCUGCAGAACCAGGGACAGAGCCUGCACGUGGUGCAGGCACAGGCUGCCCUCGCCGGACGCUACAGCUGCGUGGCCAAGAACGUGGCUGGGAGGGCCGAGAGGAGGUUUGCGCUCUCCGUGCUGGUGCCCCCAGAGCUCAUUGGCGAUUCAGACCUGCUGACCAAUGUCACCACUGCCUUGCACAGCCCCUUGACGCUGCUUUGUGAAGCCACAGGCAUCCCACCACCAGAGAUCCACUGGUUCCGAGGGGAGGAACCCAUCAGCCCCGGGGAGGACACCUAUCUCUUGGCAGGUGGCUGGAUGCUGAAGAUGACUCAGGCGCAGGAGCAAGACAGAGGCCUCUAUUCAUGCUUGGCAAGCAAUGAGGCUGGAGAGGUGCGGAGGAACUUCAGAGUGGAGGUCCUGGUUCCUCCCAGUAUUGAGAAGGAGGACCUGGAAGAGAUGAUCAAGGUCCCAGAGGGGCAGACUGCCCACCUGAUGUGCAAUGCCACAGGCCACCCACAGCCCAAGGUCACAUGGUUCAAAGAUGGUCGGCCCCUGCCUAGUGGAGACACCCACGACAUCUCCCCAGAUGGAGCCCUUCUGAAGCUCCUCCAGACCAAUCUGUCCGACGCUGGUCACUACUCCUGCAUCGCAGCCAACACUGCAGGGGAGAGGACCAAGCACAUCCAGCUCAGGGUCCUGGUAGUUCCCACCAUUCUGGGAGUGACCGAGAACAGUGCGGACGAGGAAGUGACUGUGACCGUCAACAACCCCAUUUCUCUGAUCUGUGAGACGCUGGCCUUCCCCUCCCCCACCAUCACCUGGAUGAAGGAUGGGGCUCCGUUUGAGAUUUCCAAGAACAUCCAACUGCUCCCAGGUACCCAUGGGCUGCAGAUCCUGAAUGCCCAGGAGGAAGAUGCGGGCCAGUACACCUGCGUGGUCACAAACGAGCUUGGGGAGGCCAUGAAGAACUACCACGUGGAAGUCCUCAUACCUCCUUCCAUCUCCAAAGAUGACCCCUUGGGGGAGUUUGGCAUGAAGGAAGUGAAGACCAAGGUCAACAGCACCUUGACCCUAGAGUGUGAGUGCCGGGCUGUGCCCCCACCCACCAUCAGCUGGUACAAGGAUGGACAGCCUGUGACCCCCCACGAGCGGCUGCACAUCCUGGGCGAAGGGAGACUGCUCCAGAUCCAGCCCACGCAGGUCUCCGAUUCGGGGCGGUACCUGUGCGUGGCCACCAACGUGGCUGGCGAGGAUGACCAAGACUUCAACGUGCUCAUCCAGGUGCCCCCCAUGUUCCAGAAGGUGGGCGAUGCCAGUGAAGCCUUUGGGAUCCUGUCCCAGGAGGAGGAGGUCUGGGGCGGGGUGACGGAGUACCGGGAGAUUGUGGAGAACAACCCUGCCUACCUGUACUGUGACACCAACGCCAUCCCACCCCCGGAGCUCACCUGGUACAGGGAAGACCAGCCCCUCUCGGCCACAGAUGGGGUGUCUGUGCUGCAAGGGGGCCGAGUCCUACAGAUGCCCCUGGUGCGCGUGGAGGAUGCUGGGAGGUACUCAUGCAAGGCCUCCAAUGAAGUGGGCGAGGACUGGCUGCACUACGAGCUGCUGGUGCUGACCCCACCUGUGAUCCUGGGCGACACGGAGGAGCUGGUGGAGGAGGUGACUGUCAAUGCCAGCAGCACCAUCAGCCUACAGUGCCCAGCCCUGGGCAACCCCAUGCCCACCAUCUCGUGGCUCCAGAACGGGCUGCCUUUCUCCCCGAGCCUGAGGCUGCAGGUCCUGGAGGAUGGGCAAGUCUUGAAGGUUUCCACUGCAGAGGUGGCUGACGCUGCCACCUACAUGUGUGUGGCUGAGAACCAGGCGGGCUCUGCGGAGAAGCUCUUUACCCUCAGGGUCCAAGUCCCACCAAGAAUCACAGGCCUGACCUCAGAAAAGGUCACUGCCAUCCUCAAUAGCAGCGUCUCCCUCCCCUGUGAUGUCCACGCUCAUCCGAGCCCUGAGGUCACAUGGUACAAGGACAGCAGGGCCCUCUCCCUGGGCGAAGAGUUCUUCCUCCUGCCUGGCACCCACACGCUGCACCUGGCACGAGCGCGGCCAUCAGACUCCGGGAUGUACAUGUGUGAAGCCCUCAACGCCGCCGGCCAAGACCAGAAGCUGGUGCAGCUCAGUGUGCUGGUUCCCCCCACCUUUAGGCAUGCUCCCAGCGGCCCCCAAGACACAGUUGUGGUGCGGGCUGGGGACAAAGCCGUCCUGAGCUGCGAGACAGACUCGGUCCCUGAGCCUACUGUGACCUGGUACAAAGAUGGGCAGCCCCUGGUCCUGACACAGCGGACCCAGGCUCUGCUGGGUGGGCAGAAGCUGGAGAUCCUGGAUACCCAGGUGUCAGAUAAAGGUUUAUACAGCUGUAAAGUAAGCAGUGCGGCUGGGGAGGCCAUGAGGGCCUUCAUCCUCACCAUCCAGGUGCCCCCAACAUUUGAGAACCCCAAGAUGGAGACAGUGAGCCAGGUGGCUGGGAGCCCCCUGGUCCUGACCUGUGAUGUGACUGGGGUCCCUGCACCCACUGUUACGUGGCUGAAGGACAGAAUGCCUGUUGAGAGCAGCGUGGCCCAGGGCAUAGUCUCCCGUGGGGGCCGCCUCCAGCUGAGUCGCCUGCAGCCAGCCCAGGGUGGCACCUACACGUGCGUGGCCAAGAACGCCGCGGCUGAGGCUCGCAAAGAUUUCCUGGUGGCCGUGCUGGUGGCCCCCUGGAUCCGGAGCUCGGGCAUCACUCAGGAGCACAGCGUCUUAGAGGGUCGGGAGGUACGGCUGGACUGUGAGGCCGAGGGGCAGCCACCGCCAGACGUGGCCUGGCUGAAGGACGGUGGCCCGCUGGACCAGGCCGUGGGCCCCCACCUCCGGUUCUACUUGGAUGGCAGCUCCCUGGUGCUGAAGGGCCUGAGGGCCUCGGACUCUGGCGCCUACACCUGCGUGGCCCAAAACCCCGCUGGGGAGGAUGACAGGCUGCACGCUGUGAACGUGCUGGUCCCUCCCACCAUCAAGCAGGGAGCAGGCAGUACGGGGACCCUGGUGACCAGGCCUGGCGAGCUGGUGACCAUGGUGUGCCCAGUCCGGGGCUCCCCGCCCAUCCAUGUGAGCUGGCUCAAGGACGGCCUGCCCCUCCCGCUGUCCCAGCGCACACACGUCCACGGCUCUGGCCGCACCCUCAGGAUUUCCCAGGUGCAGUUGGCAGAUUCGGGCAUCUUCACCUGCAUGGCCGCAAGCCCAGCCGGCGUGGCCGACAGGAACUUCACCUUGCACGUGCACGUGCCCCCUGUCCUGGAGCCGGUGGAGUUCCAGAAAGACGUGGCAGUGGUCCGUGGCUCCUCAGUGGUCCUCCCCUGCGAGGCCCGGGGCAUACCCCCACCUCUUGUGUCAUGGAUGAAGGACGGGGAGCCCUUGUUUCCCCAGAGCCUUGAGCAGGGGCCCGGCCUGCAGCUGGAGACAGUAGGGGCUGGUGACUCGGGGACCUACUCCUGUGUGGCCACAAGCGAGGCAGGCGAAGCGAGGGGGCAUUUCCAGCUGACAGUGAUGGAUCCCCCCCAUAUUGAGGACUCAGGCCAGACUGCAGAGCUGUUGCUGACCCCUGGCACCCCCUUGGAGCUCCUCUGUGAUGCCCGGGGCAACCCCCAACCCAACAUCACCUGGCAUAAGGACGGACAGGCCCUGAGCAGGCCAGAGAACAGCAACGGAGCCCGGCGGGUGUUCCAGGUCCAGGGUGUACAGGUGAGCGAUGCUGGGCUGUACACUUGCCUGGCCAAGAACCCUGCUGGUGAAGUCGAGAAGAGUUUCUGGGUCAGAGUUCAAGCCCCUCCAAGUGUUGUUGGACCUCAAGCUUCCCGCUAUGUGGUUGGCCUGGCCCCAGGGCAGCUGGUCCUGGACUGCUCAGUGGAGGCAGAGCCAGCGCCCGAGAUCGAGUGGCACCGAGAGGGUAUCCUGUUGCAGGCAGAUGCCCACACACAGUUUCUGGAGCGGGGCAGGUUCCUCCAGCUGCAGGCCCUGAGCAUUGCUGACAGUGGUGACUACAGCUGUACAGCGCGCAACGCUGCGGGCAGCACUAGCGUGGCCUUCCACGUGGACAUCCACACAACACCCACCAUCCAGCCGGGGCCACCCACAGUGAAUGCCUCAGUGAACCACACAGCCCUGCUGGCCUGCCAGGUGGAUGGAGUCCCCCGGCCCCUUGUGAGCUGGCGAAAGGAUGGGGAACCCCUGGAUCUUGGGAACCCAAGAUUGGAGAUUCUGCCCGAGGGUUCUCUGAGGAUCCAGCCGGUCCUGGCCCAGGACACUGGCCACUACGUCUGCCUGGCAUCCAGCUCCGCUGGCUCUGAUCGGCAAGGCCGCGACCUCCAGGUCUUUGAGCCUCCGGCCAUCACCCCUGGCCCCUCUAACCUGACCUUGAUCGCCCACACCCAGGCCUCACUGCCUUGUGAGGCCAGCGGCUCCCCCAAGCCCCUCGUGGUCUGGCGGAAGGACGGACAGAAGCUGGACUUCCGCCCGCAGCAGGACACCUACUGGCUCCUGCCCUCCAAUGCCCUGCUCCUCGCAGCCCCCAGGCCCCAGGACUCAGGCCAGUUUGAGUGUGUGGUGAGCAAUGAGAUGGGUGAGGCCCGCAGGAUCUACCAGGUGACUAUUCAUGUGCCUCCUACCAUUGCCGAUGACCAGACGGACUUCACCGUGACCAAGAUGGCACCUGUGGUCCUCACGUGCCACAGCACGGGCAUCCCAGCCCCAGUCGUGUCCUGGAGCAAGGCGGGCACCCAGCUGGGGAUGCGGGGGAGUGGCUAUCGUGUCUCACCUGAGGGUGCCCUGGAGAUCAGACAGGCCCUCCCCAUCCACGCUGGCCAGUACACCUGCACAGCCCGCAAUUCCGCUGGUAUGGCCCACAAGCACGUGUUUCUCACUGUGCAAGCCUCCCCCGUGGUGAAGCCACUGCCAAGCAUAGUUCAGGUGGUAGAGGAGGAGGAGGUGGUACUGCCUUGUGAGGCCUUGGGCAUCCCCCGGCCAAGCAUCACCUGGCAGAAGGAGGGGCUCAGCAUCCCCACAGGAACAAAUAACCAGGUCCUCCCUAGUGGACAGCUACGGAUUAUCCAUGCCAGCCCAGAGGAUGCCGGGAACUAUUUCUGCAUCGCCCAGAACAGUGCAGGCAGUACCAUGGGGAAAACUCGGCUGGUGGUGCAAGUCCCACCCAUGAUUGAGACUGGCCUCCCCGACCUGUCCACCACUGAAGGCUCCAACGCCCUCUUGCCCUGCACUGCCAGGGGCAGCCCCGAGCCCAGCAUUACCUGGGAAAAAGAUGGUCAGCCUGUGUCUGGAGCUGAGGGCAAGUUCACCAUCCAGCCUUCUGGGGAGCUGCUGGUGAAGAACUCAGAGAGCCAGGACGCUGGUGCCUACACCUGCACGGCUCAGAACGCUGUGGGCCGCGCCCGCAGCCGCGUGAACCUCACCAUCCUGGCGCCGCCUGUAUUGACCACCCUGCCUGGAGACCGCAGCCUACGCCUGGGGGAGAGACUGUGGCUUCGGUGUGCGGCCCGGGGAAGUCCCACCCCCCGCAUUGGCUGGACCAUCAAUGACCGGCUGGUCACAGAGGGGGUGUCAGAACAGGAUGGGGGCAGCACGCUGCAGCGAGUGGCGGUCACCAGAGAGGACAGCGGGAUCUACGUCUGCUGGGCAGAGAACACAGUGGGUCGUGUGCAAACGGUCAGCUUCAUCCACGUGAAGGAGGCUCCUGUCCUUCAAGGGAAGGCCUUCUCCUACCUGGUGGAACCUGUGGGGAGCAGCAUCCGGUUGGACUGUGUGGUCCAUGGAGACCCGGUGCCCAGCAUCCGCUGGAUGAAGGAUGGCCUUCCACUUCGGGGCAGCCGUCUCUGGCACCGGCUGCAGAACGGCUCACUGACCAUCCGCAGGACUGAGAUGGACGACGCUGGACGGUACCAAUGCCUGGCAGAGAACGAGAUGGGUUUGGUGGAGAAAGUGGUGAUUCUCGUACUUCAGAGUGCCCCAGUGCUCCAGGUGGAGCCCCAGGACACAACGGUGAGAUCUGGGGAGGACGUGGUCCUUCGGUGCCAGGCCACUGGAGAGCCAGUGCCCACAGUGGAGUGGCUGCGGGCAGGCCAGCCCUUGCGGGCCAGCCGGAGGAUCCAGACCCUGCCAGACGGGAGCCUGUGGUUGGAGCGUGUGGAAGCCAGGGACGCGGGCGUGUAUGAGUGCGUCGCUCACAACCUUCUGGGGUCUGCCACAGCCCAGGCAUUCUUGGCUGUGAGAGGGGAGCCCUGGGGGAGCCGGGGCAGCAUGAUUGGGGUGAUCAAUGGCCAGGAAUUUGGCGAGGCCACUCUCAACACCAGCGUGCUACAGGAGGCACGUUCUGGGACCAUCACCAUCCGAAGCAGCAUCAGCCACAUCCCUGCAAAUGUGGGGCCGCUGAUGCGCAUACUCAUUGUCGCCAUCACCCCCAUCUACUGGACCCUGGCUGGAGAGAACGGGGACGCCCUGAACGGCCACUCCCUGACAGGUGGCAGCUUCCAGCAGGAGUCGCAAGUGGAGUUUGCUACAGGGGAGCUGCUCACAAUGACCCAGGUGGCUCGGGGUCUGGAUCCUGAUGGCCUACUUCUCCUCAACGUGAUGGUCAAUGGUGUCAUCCCUGAGAGCCUGGCUGAUGCAGACCUUCAAGUGCAGGACUUCCAGGAACGCUAUGUGCAGACCGGGCCUGGCCAGCUAUUCGUAGACUCCACGCAGCGCUUCCUCCAGGGCGGUGUCCCCACAUUCCUGCACUGCAACCAUAGCAUUCAGUAUGACGCUGCCUGGGGCCCCCAGCCCCAGCUAGUGCAGCACCUGCGGGCCUCAGCUGUGAGCACAGCCUUUGACCCCGAGGCCGAGGUCCUGCGCUUCCAGCUUACCACAGCCCUGCAAACUGAGGAGAAUGAAGUUGGCUGCCCAGAAGGCUUUGAGCUCGACCCCCAGGGAGCGUUUUGUGUAGACAGGGAUGAGUGCUCGGAUGGCCCCAGCCCCUGCUCCCACUCCUGCCACAACGCACCUGGCCGCUUCUCCUGCUCCUGCCCAGCUGGCUUCACCCUGGCCUGGGACAACAGGGACUGCAGAGAUGUGGACGAAUGUGCAUGGGAUGCCCACCUCUGUCAGGAGGGGCAGCGCUGCGUGAACCUGCUCGGGUCCUACCACUGCCUUCCUUACUGCAGGCCUGGCUUCCGGGUGGCUGCUGACGGGGCUAGCUGUGAAGAUGUGGAUGAGUGUCUGGAGCAGUUGGACGAGUGUCACUACAACCAGAUCUGUGAGAACACCCCAGGCGGGCACGGCUGCAGCUGCCCCAGGGGGUACCGGAGCCAGGGCCCACACCUGCCCUGCCUAGAUAUCAACGAGUGUCUGCAGCUGCCCAAGGUCUGUGCCUUCCAGUGCCACAACCUCCAGGGCAGCUACCGCUGCCUGUGCCCGCCGGGCCAGACCCUGCUCCGUGAUGACAAGACCUGCACUCCACUGGAGUGGAGUGGACGGAAUGUGACCACUGUCAGACACCGGGGCCCCUUUGCGCCCGGGCUGCGGCUCCGUGCCCCCAUCCCAGGUGGCUCCUACUACACCUGGGUCUCCCUCCGGCCGGGUCCUGUAUCUCUGAGCAGCAUGGGCCGGGCCUGGUGCCCCCCUGGCUUCAUCAGGCAGAAUGGCGUCUGCACAGACCUUGAUGAGUGCCAGGUGAGGAACCUGUGCCAGCAUGCCUGCCGGAACACUGAAGGCAGCUACCAGUGCCUUUGCCCCGCCGGCUACCGCCUCCUCCCCAGCGGAAAGAACUGCCAAGACAUCAAUGAGUGUGAGGAGGAUGGCAUCGAGUGUGAGCCCGGCCAAAUGUGCUUCAACACCCGCGGCAGCUACCAGUGUGUGGACACACCAUGUCCCACCACCUACCGGCGGGGCUCCAGCCCUGGGACCUGCUUCCGGCGCUGCUCACAGGACUGCAGCGAGGGCGGCCCCUCCACGCUGCAGUACAGAUUGCUGCCGCUGCCCCUGGGCGUGCACGCCCACCGCGACGUGGCUCGCCUUGCCGCCUUCUCCGAGGCCGGCGUCCCAGCCAACCGCACCCAGCUCAGCGUGCUGAAGCCCGACCCGCGCAGCCCGUUCGCUCUGCGCCCGCUGCGCGCUGGCUAUGGUGCCGUGUACACCCGCCGCCCGCUCACUCGCGCCGGCCUCUACCGGCUCACAGUGCGCGCUGUGGCGCCACGCCACCAAAGCGUCUUCGUCCUGCUCAUUGCUGUGUCACCUUACCCCUACUGA